AUUUGACAAUUACAUGUGAAAUACAGUAAAUGUUGCCUCGUGGUGUAAAUUAACAUAAUUCGAUGAAUUAUAUCAUUUGAAACAUUAAUAUGUCGCUUGAGGAAUUGGAACAGGAACCUUUCAAUGCCCAUGAGUUCGUGGAAAGAUUGGCAUGGCGUACCAUGGGAACCAAGGGAAGAAGUAACCAUGAUGACUUUGAUCCAAUGUCACUUCAUGGGGCUUUUGAAAAGAUGAUUCAGGACCUGAAGGAGAAAAAUGCUCAGAUGGAGAAAAAAGUAGAAAAAUUAGAAGAUGCUUGUAAAGAAGAAGAGAAAAGACACUGGCAAAGAGUAGCAGAUCUUCAGAAGCGCAAUAAGGCAUCCUAUUCCCACUUCCAAGAACUAGAUGAGAGAAUCAACUUGGUAGCAACUAAAGUUGUCCACCUUGGGGAUCAGCUGGAGGGUGUCAACACUCCAAGGGCCAGGGCUGUUGAUGCUCAACGACUUAUGAACUUCUUUAAUGAGUUUCUCAACUAUGAUGAACCAAAGUCGUCAGUGUUCACUGAUCCUUUUCAGCUUCAGUUGGCUGCGGAAAUAAUCCAGAAGUUAUAUCAGAUAGCCUUGGAGCUUCCAGCUGGAGAAAAAUUUGACAAUGCCAGAAAGAAAAUAUGGGAUCGAUACCUCCAUAUUGAGAAAGAAUUGAUCGCAGAAUUUUUGAUCGCUCAUCGCCAUGAGGACAGACGGAAGAUGAAGAGGGUGGCCUUUGUCUUGUCGAACUUUAAAGGUUAUGGUGAAUGCAUUGAUGCCUUUAUAGAGGAAUCUCAGAAAGGGGCAUUCCAAAAGGCUGAUCCGUUUGAUGAUGUGGUACCGUUGUGUACAAGGACUAGUGACCUCGUUACCAGUGUGUUCAGUAGCCCUGAUACUGUGAUGGCAAAAUUUGUACAGACUAUCUACAACACAAAACUACAGACACAUAUUGCCUCCAAACUUGAAUCCAAAGAUGAUCCUGAGGAAUAUCUUAUAACAUUAUUCCAACUUUACACAAGAACGGUGAAGUUAUCAGAAGAUUUAGCAGUAUUUAAGAUGGGAAAUGACAGCCUGUUCCUGACAAAGCUAACCAAGAGUAUAUUCCAGAAACACCUAGAAGCUUAUAUCAAUUUUGAAACUAAAUACUUAAAGGAGCGUUGCUCAGCACAUCUCCAGAGGUAUUAUGAUAGUAAAGAUCACACCAAGAAGCAGAUUCAGUCAGGCGGCUUGACAGAACUGAGACGAGAUUUACAGGCGAAGAUUGGGACCAUGACUAAAACCAACAUCAACAUUGGGCCUGCCAUAGAGAACUUUGGAGGAGAGACAUUUUUAUCACAGGAAGUGACUAUCAGUCUACUACAGGAGGCUAAGAAUGCCUUCAAACGCUGUCAAGUGUUAUCCAGUAGUUCAGAUAUGUCGGGGAAUGCUGUACAGAUCUUUGAGGUCUUAGUCCAGUACUUGGUUACUGAACAUAUAGACUAUGCUGUGGAACUUGGUCUUCAAGCCAUUCCACUGCCAGACCCUAAGUCUCAGCCCGAGGUUUACUUCUUUGAUGUGGUAGGCCAGGCCAACACACUUUUCCACUUGUUUGAGAAACAAUUCAUGGACAGUUUGGUUCCUCUAGUCAUAUCUUCCCCCAGACACAGUCAAUGUUUACAGCGGAAGAGGGAGUUGAGAGAACAGGUGGAAAAUAAAAUAGACACUGGUUUGGACCGUUCGAAUGCUGCCAUUGCUGGCUGGGUACGAAAUAUUCUAGCUGCUGAGCAAAAAAAGUCAGACUUUAAACCAGAAGAUGAUGACGCUAUGCAGAUGGUGUCACCGGCUUGUCUAAAGGUUUCGAACUUCAUGCGGACAAUAUCAGGCUCUAUACAUGGUAGUUUGGAUGGAAAGAAUGUUGACGCUGUGUUUACUGACCUUGGGAUAAGACUUCACAGAGUCAUCUUUGACCAUCUCCAGGGAUUCGUGUACAACUCCCUUGGUGCCAUGUUGGUGAUUUGUGAUGUGAAUGAGUAUCGUAAAUGUGUGAAGGACUUUAAGAUUCCCCUGGUCACGGAGCUGUUUGAGAAACUUCACGCACUGUGUAACUUAUUAGUAGUGGUCCCAGAGAACCUCAAACAGGUCUGCAGUGGUGAACAGCUGGCUGGCAUAGACAAAACUGUGUUAUUGUCCUGUAUCCAGUUACGAACUGAUUUUAAAUCUGCAAAGCUUGCCAACAUUUUGAAAUGAAUUUGAGUAUUAUGUGCUUGUAUGGAUACAACCUGCACUGAAAUGGCUGACUGACAAUGGAGGUUAUGUAACAACACUUCUGAAUCUGUCUUGCAUAUGAUGAUCCAGCAAAUCUGUGUUAUCACAAUGUAACAACAUUGAUGUAGCAGCACAAAAUCAGUAAUACAGUGGCUUUUUGGUCAAUUGGAAAAUUACUUUUGUGUUUUAAACUAUAUUUGGGGCAUGAGGGAUUUGAAUAUUUCACAUUCAUUGUCACACAUGGAGUAAACCCUGAAGUGUUGUGUUUGACCCCAUUUUGUGAUUAUGAGAAUGGAAUAUUCCUAUCCUUUAUCUUAAUAUUCGAAAGAGUCUUAAAAUAUUCCCCCAAGUUUCCAGCUGUUGUUUUGGUGGGGCUACGUAGGUGGUCCUCUCCUGCUGAGGCACUCCCCCACAACAAAUACCUGUAGACUUGUCACUGUGACUGUCUGAUGUUUGCUGAGAGCUGUAUCACCCACUCUCUCCCUUUUUAAUGUUUUGAUGGUAUGUUUGUCUCUGUGUCAGUGUUAUUAUAUCAGUUAUUCUGUAAUGUACACAUACUUAGCAGUAAUUAGAUUUUAGCGCUUCUUGUGCUUGAAGUAUUGUGCUACGAUGUGAUUGCGCUAAUUGCAUUUUCCUUUUUCGUCGCUCAUAGAAUAAUUAAAGCAGGUGUGUGAAUUUGUCAUUGUGCUAAUUUGCCUAAAAGUGAUAAUGCACUAUAUGUUAAUAGUAUGUUAAACCAGAUAUAUUGUUCCUUAUAUUUUGUUUUGUAUGAGAAAAAAAACCUAGUGUUGUUAUUUGGAAUAUAGAUUGUUACCUGAUGUAUUUUGUCUUUUUUUUCACCCAAAUACCACAUUUAUUGAAAGAUUAUUUAUUUCAUAGCAUAAUUACUGGAUGUAGAAUUUUAUUGUGUGGGUUUUUUUUAAUAACAUUGCUAUGAUGUGUUUUUAUGAUAUGUUUUGCAGUAGUGUACAUGUAUACAUCAAGUACUGUCUGUAUAGCAAAUUCUCUCAGUGUCAUAUAUCAUAGUCAUAGUAUGUGUAAAUUUAAUAUUGUCAAAUGCUGCUGGAUCAGCCUGGUGAUGUCUCAGUACCAAUUUCAUCCCUGAUACUCCAGGGGUUACAAUCACUUACUCUCUGCACCCCUAGAACCAUCCCUGAUACUCCAGGGGUUACAAUCACUUACUCUCUGCACCCCUGGGACCAUCCCUGAUACUCCAGGGGUUACAAUCACUUUUACUCUCUGCACCCCUGGAACCAUUCCUGAUACUUCAGGGGUUACAAUCACUUUUACUCUCUGCACCCCUGGAACCAUUUCCGAUACUCCAGUGGUUACAAUCACUUUUACUCUCUGCACCCCUGGGACCAUCCCUGAUACUCCAGGGGUUACAAUCACUUUUACUCUCUGCACCCCUGGAACCAUUCCUGAUACUUCAGGGGUUACAAUCACUUUUACUCUCUGCACCCCUGGAACCAUUUCCGAUACUCCAGUGGUUACAAUCACUUUUACUCUCUGCACCCCUGGAACCAUCCCUGAUACUCCAGGAGUAACAAUCACUUCCACUCUCUGCACCCCUGGAACAUGUUAUGGCAAAAUUCAAGGUUCCAUGUGCAACACCUUGUGGACAGGACAAUAAAGACUAGUUUGAUCCUUUGAUGUACAUCACACGAAUCUCAAGGUCACAUAAAGGUAUAUUGUAAUGGCUUUGAAGUUUGGUGUCGCUGCUUUGUCAUCUUCAGAAGGAGCAUAUUGGCCUAUGGUUUGUAAUUUUUUUCCCUGUAUCCAAGCGAAGGCUUGUGCUUUCAAGUUUGCCAUGACAUGUAUUAGAGUUGCAGAAAACAAAAAGUGAUUGUAACCCCUGGAGUAUCAUAGAUAUACUGUUCUGUCUGAUUAGGCAUGUGCUAUGCAGGGGUUACAUCCCUUUGCCCUUUAUGAGCAUCAGCUUCACAGAUGUGGCCAAACAUUUCAAUCUGAUUACCCAGACUUACUUCUAUUCAUCUUUGAGAAUGUGGUAUACCAGUUGACUGUUUGACAUUGAUAUUAUGUGUUAAAUUGUCAAUAUUGAUGAUGUAGAUUUAAAUUGUCAGUAUUGAUGAUGUAGAUUUAAAUUGUCAGUAUUGAUGAUGUAGAUUAAAUUGUCUAUAUUGAUGAUGUAGAUUUAAAUUGUCUAUAUUGAU